AUGUUUGCUUCAAUGUUUAAAUCACUUCUUAAUAAAUCAGUUAUUGAUGCCAAGAAGGAAACGAUUGCGAUUGCGGUGGAAGAUGAAACUGUUAUAAUUACUAGAAAAGAUGUUGAAGACAUGCUAACUGAAUUGGAUGAGAUCAAAGAUAAUGAUGAUAAUUGUUCCGGGACAAAAGAUGUUACAGAUGCUAUUGAGUCAUUGUCUAUCUCUGAUUACCAUCCAGAAUAUUUAAAUGAUAGUGCUUCAGUUGACAAUUUUGACGACACUAAAAGUGAAGUGAGCUCUAUUGGAGAAAACCAACUAGCAGUUACUACAGUUGAGGAUCCCGAUAUAAAAAAAACUUUGAACCAAAUUAAUAGUCUACAGUGUUUAUUUACGUGGAAGAUAAAAUCAAAGAGAAAGAAAGAUUUAAUUUUAUACAUACGGAAUAAAUAUGGAGAAUACAAUUUAAAUAUAACUUCAACUGAAUUUACAUUAGAAAGGUUUAUAGGUAACAUAAUUAUUGGCUAUGAACUAUUUCAUAAUGGUGAGACUGAAUUAGCCCAAAUGAAAAUAUUGGAAAUUGGGACAUGGCUUGAAGAUUUAGAUAAAGGUGUUGAUGAGUUUUAUUUAUCAAUUAAAAGUGGUCUUCAACAUGUUAUGAAGGCAACUUUCAUUCAUAUGUUAUUUGCUACUAAUCUUACUGGAGAAUGUAAAUGGUUAUUGGAUGAUAUUGAAUCAUUUGUUAACAUGGAUUCUAAAUCAAGAGCAUCUGUACAUGCAAUACGUGCAGCUGUCUUAAUUGAAUACGGUGGAAAUCCAAUCUACUUAAAAAAAGCUUGUGAUGUGGCAAAGAAAGCAUGUGAUUUAGAUCCUAAAACUUCUCAUUGGUUUUAUAUUCAUUCACUUGCAUUGACAGCUCAAAGAAAAUUCUUACUGUCACAUACAUCAAGUCCAACUGAAAAUGAAAUGAACACAAUUCAUCAAGCAAUUAUUUUGUCUAAUGGAAAAAAUGCUCUUUUCAAUUACCAUAACAUGGUUCUAUAUAGAGAUACUACAGUUGGAUAUUUUCAUAAUUAUAAAAAUAAAAAUGAUAAGUCUUUGCUUAAAAAAAAUCUACAUAAAAACAAAAAAAUUGUUCAUAUGAUCAAAACUAUAAUAGACAUGGAUCCAAAAGACCCUCACUUGGUAGUUAAGUGUGCUAGAACCUUAAUGACACUUCCAAUUAUGGUCCGUGAUUUUAAUUUGGGAAAACAAUAUUUGACAAAAGCUUUUGAAAUGGCACCAAAUGAUGCCACUGUUUUACAAGCAAUUGAAAACACAGUUCAAGCUUAUAAAGAUGUUUCAAAACGAAAACAACAACCGGCGAAAAAUAAAACAUCAGAAUUAGGAACGGAUAUAGGACUUAUAGUGAAAAAACUAAGAAAUGGAGAAGAUCCUCUUUGUUCUUACACUAUAUUAUUCAAAAAAAACCUAAGAUCUGGUGUUGAACAGUUUAUUAAGUUGAUUGAACAAUCAGAAAUUGUCAGUAAAGAUGUAAUUACAAAACAUGUUUCAGCAUUUGGUUCAAAGACAUUUAGUUUACCAGAGCUUAUUUGUAACGAAAUCAGAUUGAUUACAAAUUUAAGUGGCACUUCUUCUGAUAUGCUCUAUUAUUUUAAAAUGUUAACUAAAAUCAUAGAGACAUAUAAUGAGACCGUUGAUAAAGUUAAGCCAAAAAAAAAUCGUAAAGCUAAGCACUUGCAAAAUACAGGUCCUAAAAUAUUUACACAGACUGUUAAAUUGAACAAAGCAGCAAAAACUAUAAAUACAAACUCCAAAAAUAACAAAAAUGCUCCAGAAAAAGCACAAAAUAAAAAACCACAGCCAAAAGCAAAUGAUGUUAAUAAAAUGAAAGUUAAAAUGGAAAAAGUUUUAAAUUCUUCCAAUGGAGAAGGGGUCAACAUUUCCAAUAAAUCAAAGAAUUCGCCUAUGGAUAGUCAUUUAGAAAUUCCACCAAGAAUACAGCAUUAUACCCAGCAAUUAUAUCAAAACAUUUUAGCCAACACGCAGAUCAUCAAUGCAAUCGAAUCCAUUUCAGAACUCAUAUACGCCACCAUUACUUAG